AUGACUCCACCCGCAAUUGUGUUCACCGACUGGGACGGUACCGUGACAUUACAGGACUCCAAUGACUACCUCACGGAGAACAUUGGAUUUGGCAGGCCCAAGAGAUUAGAGAUUAAUGAUGACAUUUUAGAUGGAAAGAUUUCAUUUCGUGAUGGAUUUAGAAAGAUGUUGGAUUCGAUUACCACUCCGUUUCCAGAGUGUAUUGAAUACUUGCUCAAACACAUCAAGUUGGACCCGGGGUUCAAGGAAUUUUACCAAUGGUGUGCUGCCGAGGGAAUUCCUGUGAUUGUUGUGAGUUCAGGAAUGAAGCCCAUCAUUUAUGCCUUGUUGGAAAAUCUUGUUGGAGAAGAGGCAAUCAAAAACAUUGAAAUCAUGUCCAAUGAUGUUGUAGAGAACCAUCCUAGUGCUCCUGGUGGCUGGGAAAUCAUUUACAAAGAUCCAGAAUCGGAUUUUGGUCAUGAUAAAUCCAAGUCUAUUAGAGAGUAUUUGGCCAAGAAUGGAUACACUGAUUCUUCCAAAUUGCCAUUGAUGUUCUAUUGCGGAGACGGAGUCAGUGACUUGUCAGCAGCAAAGGAAACCGACCUUUUAUUUGCCAAACAUGGAAAAGAUUUGAUCAAAUAUUGUAUCAGGGAAGGCAUACCAUACACCGAGUUCAACAGUUUUGCCGAUAUUUUUGCCAAGACAAAAGCCAUUGUCAAUGCAGGUGGCGCCAAUAUCAAGGACUACAUCGAGAACUAG